CGCAUACGAAAAUGUUCAUUUUGUAGAGUGAAGCCGUUCAUCCAUCGCAUUCCGGGUGAUCUGGUCCAGAUGAUCGACCGUAAGUGAAACCGGCACCAAGAGCUGAGGUUUACCUCAAAGUAACCAAGUAUAAUGGCGUCCCAUGAAUCCGCAUUCGGUAUCUCUCGCCAAUACCAGAAAGAUCCAAACCACCAACUGUCCCGGGACGAAUGCCCUAGACUCCACCACUUCUCGAGCCGCUGAGAAGUUGGACCCAGGAGACUGAAACACCGAAGCACUUAUUAGACCCAAACACACCAAAACGAAACAAAGGAAACAACAUCUCUAGGCAUUCGACUCGUUCUGAAAUUACAAGGACCACUGCAAUUUUAUUUUAUUUUAUUCUGGAUUUUAAACAAUCCCGCAACGGAGAAGACUGAUUGAACACGCUAAAGUUUUUAAUAACCUGAGAGUUAAAAACAAAACUACGAAACACAAACAAUGAAACCACUACCAAGUCAAGAGGAUAGUUCCUCAGCAACCACCCCGAUUCGUCCGGUUCUUACAGUAUCGGCCCCUGGUUCCGGAUGUUCAUCCGGUCCUAGCACGGCACCAGCCGCUUCAACAGUAAUGAGUCCAUCAUCGGCGAUGGCGUCGAUAGCGACACAAACGUCCCGAAAACACACAUCUUCCGCCUCCGGAAUCCCCGGUUCUUCUUCUGUGGCAAGUGGAAACGGGACUGGAGGGACGGCCACCACAACCAGCAGCUCGUCCGGCACGGCCAGUCCCGGUUGUUUCAUCAAACCGUCGCUGUCGCUGAACUCUCUGCCCCCGCAGGUUCCCGCCGAAGGUUCCGAAAUGGCCCAGAAUCGACUGCGUAUCGAUCGGCCUUACAAUAGUUUGAAGAAAAAACGCGAUUCGGAACGCGAUCUGUGGCGUCGAUCCUGGGGCAGUGGCCAUAGCCAUAGUUCCUGCAGCCUGCAGAGUAGCACGCUGACCGGCAUUGGCAAGGACGACUUCUGGGCGGCCCUUCAGACAAAUUACAAUUUUAUCAUGGACACAAAUCUGCUGGACAGCUGCCGCGAGGCGCGGGGCGAAAUUGAGGGACCGGUGAUUCGCGGCGACGAGGAAGAUGACAUGGAUUACUACCGAAGGGCCAUGUUUAAACCGUCACCGAUGCAAACGUUUUACGGCGAUCCACGGCUGCUGCGCCAAUGGAUUCGGGAAAUGGAGACACGCAUCUCGCGAAUCCCAUCCAUCACCGAGACGAAGAAGCUGAGCAUCGAGCAGUUGCUGAAGCUAUCUGGAGAACAUUCGGUAAGUUCCGAGAAGCUAUUUUUAUCUUAG